AUGUCAACUUCAAAUCCAAGACCACAAACCAUCACUUCUCAACUUAAUUCAAAUACUAAAUCAUCAAAUCAAAAGAAAAUGACUAGAAACAGAUUACCUACUCUUCAAGAAGUUCUAGCAAGACAAACUAGACCACCUGUUGAUCUUUAUUGUUUUUAUUUAUACUUACAAAGAGAAAGAGCAGAAGAUUCAUUAGAUUUUUGGUUAGAUGCACAACAACAUGAAAACUUAUGUAAAGCGUAUUUCAAGGAUUUAAGAAAAUCUCAAAUCUUAUUGAAAGAUGAAUGGCCUGCUUAUUAUGAUAAAGCUAAGAUGCGUGGUAGUGUUUAUAAUCAAAUUAAUGGGAUUUCUAGACAAAGUAAACAUUUAUCUGAACCUGUUAGAGAUCCAGUUUCAAAAGUUCGAAGAUCCGGUAGUGCUUCUCGUCUAUCCAACUCAAGAACUCCAAUUCCAGGACCACAACUAGCACCUCAUGUCUCACCAGCCGUUCGAGCUUUAUUCCCUCACGAUAAUCCAGAUGAAGAAAAAGACGCUCGAAGAAAAUCUGGAGGACUUUCUCGUCCAGGUACAUCUCAUCUCAAGAACCCAACCCAACCCGUCAUUCCUCGAUCUUCUGCAAUCACUCGUACAGAUCUAAUCGCUUCUGCAGAACGAAUUUAUUAUCGUUAUCUUUUAUCAGGAGCCGAAAAAGAAAUCUAUUUACCUUCUGCUCUAAGGAUCUUGGAUUUUCCUAUCAAUAGUAAUACCUUACCUCAUGCAGGUAGUGAAGAUUAUGAAUUCGAAUCGGAUUUUUUGGCUAAUAUACCCGAUUUAUUCGUUAGUCAAAAAGAAUAUAUCUAUAGAAGUGCUUUGGUUAGAUUAUCGGUCGGUUUACUUACCCUUUGGAUCGGACUUUCGAUUGCGUUUUCGAUGAUCUUCUUAGACGCUCAACCUAGAUCUAAACGAUUCUGGAUUUUGAUUCCUUUUAUGAUUGCUAUCCUGGGAAUUGUUUCACAUUUUUAUGAUUUAGAUCCGAUUUUGAUUUUGUUUAAUCGGUCGGAAACGACGCCUUUUAGAACACUUAGUGUUAAAGAGAAAUAUGUUCAAAAGAUUUUAAGAGGAAGAGCCAUUUGGGUGACGAUUUUGAGUGUUUUAGGUGUGGUGGUCUUGGGUUCGAUUUUCAUCAGUGUACCUGGUCAUCGUCUUUGA